AUGUUUGUAGCUGCUGUCGCCGCCCUUGGUGUACACAAACACUCACACGACCACCGAUCCAACUCGUUUGCCUCGAACCGCCUAGAACCCAGCGCCCUGGAUUACUCGUCCGCCUCAGUAGCACUCGACAGUACUGCCACUGCCCUUCAGUGCCACACUACUCGCUUACUCGUCCGUCUACUCGUGCCAGUCUUGGCCGACGUCUCGCACUUAGUGCCGCACUCUGUCGUACGGCUCUGUCGCGUCGCUGGUGUCUCCCGUGCACCCGCGAUCUCCAAACUGGUUGUGCUCGACACCACCAAUUCCGAACUGAGCUCUUCCUCUCUUGGCGCCGCCGGUCUUCGUUUUGGCCGCACGCCACACAGCUCGCACGAUCCUGGUGCCGCCAAUCUUUGUUUGGCCGCACACCAGUCCGCAGCUGCUCACCCACCUCACUUCGUCCUACACUUCGGCACUCUGGACGUACUCAUCGGCCUUCGAGCCGUCCGCGAGCGAUUCACCGACUAUAACCCUUUGGUUAUCGCGACUCUUCGCACUCCAUCCAGGUUCGCCGACUUCGCCUCGCCCUUCUUCAACUUGGUCCCGUCCCACAAAGGUUCCACAGGCUUGCUGGAUCCGCACUGCGUCACCAUCACAGGCCCAUCGCUUACUCCGGUCCACUGCCCUGUUACACGAUGUUCAUUUUCGCGUGUGUUAGCUUGA